CACGCAGAAUCUAAGAGACGUAUAAACUGUAGACUUCUCUCUGGUUCUCGAGAGGAACAAUUACGUUACUGUUUUAUUUGUUGGUUUUACGUCUCUUCCUCUUCUCCGUCGUCGGCUUUUUCAGAUGAAGAAGACUGAGUUUGAGCAAAAGAAGAUUUGUGGUGAGAUGAAGGAAGGGUCCUUGAGAAGAUGGGAGGAUUUAGAUCCUCAUAUUCUCAAGAAAAUAUUUUCCUUCACAGACUUGCCCGGUAAUGUUUUAAGAGUGUGUCAAUCAUGGCGAUUAUGCUGUUGGGAUAUCUUGUUUUGGGAGCAAAAUGAGAUUGAUUUGAGUCCUAUAAUGGCCGCUCUUAGAAAUGUUGAUUCUUUUUCUGGAAUAUCAUUCAAACUUCGCCAUUUGACUCCUAAAAAUGUCCAGUUAUUGGAUGGUUUUAAGGAUAUAGAUGUCGAAUUCAUGAAGCUAUUAGAAAGUAUAUUUUUCGGCAAGGAUGCAUUUGGGAUUUCUUUGGAGCAUUGGAGAUUGUCCAUAAAGAGUAUUUUAAUUCCAAAAUACCUCGAGAUAUCAGACCAUCAUCUUCUUUACAUUGCAGAAAGAAUACCAAGACUUGAAAGUUUAACUCUACUUGGCACCUCAAGAAUAACCAACGGAGGCUUUACAAAUGCAGUUUGUAACUGGAAACAUGUUAAACACAUAAUUCUUGGGCAUAUCUUCUGUAAUCAAAGCUUUAUUUGUAUAUUAGAAGAGAUUGGCAAAGUCUGCCAUGAACUUAGAACACUAAAGGUAAGUGGGCGCCUCCGUUUGCAGGCAAGUAUAGCAUAUGGUGUAAGUAAGAACAUGGAAGACAGGGAAAAGCAGAAGUUUGAAGUUGCAUUCUUACUCAGAGAGGUUAUGAAUAUUUUCUUGUCCAACUGCCCGAAGAUGGAAAAGAUUCUUUUUAAUGAUUGUUUCAUAGACUAUGAAUUGACUGAUUUACUUGAAUGGAGUCGUUUGGUUUUCACCAUUAAAUUUGACGAAAGAGCGAAAGAAAGGCGGUGGCAUUUUGCAGCUGGAAGUAAAUACAUUGAACAAGCCACUGAAUCUUACUUGCUGAAGGAGUUUAAGCUAUGGAAGGAUGAACAACCGCCAUGGAUGGAGCUUCAUUCGUGGGCUAUAUUUAAACAAAUUAGCUAGUUUCCAGGCCGAAGGCCCUCUGAAUUUCUGUAAUCCCGUGUCAGUUUCAUCUUUCUUUCUCAAAAUACAUUGUUCAUCGUAUUCUAGUACAUUAUGUUAGCUCAUAUUUACCUCUUUUGUCUUAA